AUUAGUCUAAAAUAGCUCAGUUCUGCUUGGCGUGUGUACGAAGUAGAACAAGGCGUGUGAUAAAGAGCACGCCCAAGUUUCGUAUGGCGUGUGCGGAGGCGUGCGGGUGAGAUCGCACUCCAUUCAUGACCAAAACUGGGUCAUGUAACUCCUGCAUUAUUUUUGUAUUUCUUUUCAUGAUGAACCUUCUUUUCUCACCAUAUGCAGAAGUUUGAGCAUUGAGUUGUGUAAAGUUUGUCUAAAUCAAGUCCAAACUAUGUCUAAGAUAAAUACAUAUGUUAAAACAUUUCGACAGUAACAUUGUUUAAAUUACCUUCUAUUUUCAAACCUUACAGGAUCUUCCCACAUAUUAUUGGUUUAUUGUUUAAUGUGCAUUAAUAUGUUCCUGACCCCAGAAUUAGUUACUUUUGUACCUAGAAAGGCAUGUCAUGUGACAAGACAUGUGUGAAGUCAUUAUUUGGUAGCAAUUCAGGGAAGAUAUUAAAACUUUGUUUUUAAUAGGUUACGUUGAAAGUGACUUUUUGUUUUAUUUUCAUUAUGUAUGUUACUAAUUAAUCUUUUGUUGACUGUUUUAAUUGUGGAGAUGUUUUAUAUUUUGUAGGUAAACUAUGUAAGUAAUUAAACAAUAAAGUUAUAUUCAUGAUCUAUGUAUAUCAAAAUGAGAAUAGAGGCUGCAAUUUUGUUGGUAGUUCUAUCAACUGGAGUAUAUUCCAAAGACCCAUUAGCUUUCGUAGCAUCACCAUUUCCACAAAAUCGUCUAUUCGUUUACAAGAGAGGCCGAAUAAACAUAUCGUGUCAAAGCAAUGAUAAAUUAGCAAAUGUAACAUUAACUAUGAACCCUAAAUUAGAUAAGUACAAUUUUAAACAAUAUGGUCAAGACUUUGUUUUGGAAGAAGCUACUAUUCAUGAUAUAUCAGAAUACUCAUGCCAUGCUACAAAUGGCAAUGAAAGCAUAUCUAUGACACUUGGUGAUUUACUUGUAAGCAGACUUGCUUGUAGAGAGAAUUUGUUCCUACGUGAGAAAUUGAAAAUUAUAAAACAAAAGAUAUUAAUGUUUGAAAAAAAUGAAAAUAUUUCCAUUAAUUGCUUGGCAGAAGGUGUUUCUGGUCAACGCUCUCACCCUCUUUCAUGGUGGAGGGAAAACAAGAAAUUUCCCUCUAACAAACAGCGCCAUCAAUUAAAAAAUAAUACAUUGCACGAUGUUGAAAAGUUAAAUAUUCCUUCCGCACAGAGCAAAGAUGCUGGAUUGUAUAGCUGUGUUCGUAAUGUAUCAGGAUGCAAAGACUCUGAUGUAACAAAAGUAUCUGUUGAAUUGAAAUGGAUAGAACCAUUUAAGGCGAAAUUUCUUAACUUUUCUACAACUGGCAGAGCAACAGUUGGUUCAAAUUACACCCUUUCAUGCAUUGUAAAUGCUUCUCCCACUCCAAAUAUGUUCUGGUCUGUUGGAAAUAAAGUCAUCAAUUCCUGCAAUUACCAGAGAUCGUGUUUUCUAAGGUUAACCCAUGUCACCAAGAAAGAUGAAGCAACAUAUUCAUGUACUGCUAAAAAUACUGAAGGGAUUGUAAAAGAUGUUCAUAAAUUGAGCAUCUUAGUUUUGCCUGUUAUUAAAGAAAGCGAAUACAAUGCUAGCAAAGGAAGAAUUUUAACUUGCAAAGUUAUAAAAGGUGACCCUAAGCCAUUUGUGUAUUGGGAAAAAAGUGUGGCAUGUCCUCCGAAUGAAAACUGCAAGACAAAGUGGGCAAAUUUAUCAGCUGACACGUCCUAUGAAAUGGUGAACAACAACGUGAAGGGAACAUACGAGUUAAAAUCGCUAGACAUUAGUGACCACGGUACAUUUCGUUGUGUUGCUGUGAAUGUUGCUGGCAAAAAUUAUGCUCAAUUGAUUCUACGUAAAGGUCUAGCAAAUAGUGCUAGCAACGAAUCAAAAAGUCCUGUUGUAGGGAUAGUGCUUGGCCUGCUUUUUAUAUUUCUUUUCUUUUUUGUUAUAUUUUUGUGCUACCGAAAGUACAUGUUGAAGAAAUACGCCUUAUAUAUGGCUCCUGAUCCAAAAUUUCAUAUUGAUCCUGAUCGCACGUUAUUUGAACAAAGCAUUGAACUCCCCUAUGACCCUGAAUGGGAAUUCCCCAGAGAACGUUUGGAGUUGAUCCGCAAUUUAGGAUCUGGUGCUUUUGGUCAAGUUUGGUUAGCACAUGCGAAAGGUAUAUUAGCACUGAGCCCGAGAGAUAAAGACACCAUGGCUAUACGGAGGAGAACAAGAUUGAGAUUAAAUAAGAAAGUUCCGAAGACAUUGUUGAACUGUUUCCUUGACGACGACCUUUGCGAGCAAAGUGUAUUUGUUGCAGUCAAGACUUUAAAAGCGAAUCCUUCUGAUGUGGAAUACAAGGAUCUCGCAUCCGAAAUCAAAGUUUUGAUUCAUCUUGGUAACCAUGACAACAUUGUAAAUAUUCUCGGCGCAUGUACGCGGGGCGGUAAUCUCGGUGCUAUUAUGGAUUUUUGUCCCCAUGGAAACUUGGUGCACUUCUUAAGAGAUAGAAGAGAUAUAUUUUCGUUGCAAUGGGCGAAACAGGCUGAUAGUUAUGAAGAAGACUUUUGUUUUUUUGAUGCUGCUCAUGUAGCCCUACAAAUCGCGAGAGGGAUGGCUUUUCUAUCAGAAAAGAAGGUUGUUCAUCGAGAUUUAGCUGCUCGAAACGUCCUGGUUGGAUCGGAUUACGUCAUCAAGAUAGCGGAUUUCGGACUAGCUCGAGAUAUAUAUUUAACAGAUUUUUAUUUAAAAGAAAGCAGCGGAAUGCUACCUGUUAAAUGGAUGGCUCCAGAAUCAUUGUUUGAUAAAUUGUACACAGUAAAAAGUGAUGUAUGGUCUUUUGGCAUCGUUUUAUGGGAAAUCUGCACCAUGGGUGGUUCUCCGUACCCUGGGUUACCAAUGGAGAAUCUAUUUGAAUAUUUACAAGCUGGACACAGAAUGGAAAAACCGGCAACAUGUCCGGAUGAACUCUACAAUAUUAUGAUCCAAUGCUGGAAAGAGAAUCGAUGCGAGAGACCGUUUUUUCAUGAACUCACUUCGCAACUGGAAAAUAUCAUCCAAAGCAAAAUCGUGAUUACGAACAAUCUGGCAACUUUUGAAAGGUUAAAGAGCUGUUCUGAUGAAACUGAUUAUUUAGUUCCAAAAUCACCUGCAAAAAAGAAAAAAGGGUCCUUAGAUACAAUGCUUAAUAUGAAAGGGUUAUUCCCAGUGGCAAUGUAUCGUAAGAAGUCUGCCGGUAACAUCGUCAAUUUCCCUCCUAUGGAAGAAACAGUGAAAAAAGAAGAGGAAGAACAAAGUGAUCCUGUUUGUGAAAAUAGAUAUGUUGAUCUUCGUACACCUACGCAAGAUGAAAAUAAAAACGACAACCUAGCAGACUGGAUGAAACCUUUUAGUACCUGACAAAUCAAAAGACUGGUUGUAUAUGCACCAAUUAGGGAUUGAAUGGAUGCGUAUGGGACUUUUGGAAGUUCAGUUAAAAACAAAAUCUAUAAUCGAGGACCCGUCUUGAUACGACAGAAUUGAGAAUGUUUUUACACACAAUUUAUUUAACACGACAGAAUCCCGACAAGCUGGAAAGCUUGAUUACAACAGAGAUUCCUGUCCGUUAAAAAGAAAACAGAUGUUUACUCGUGUCCUAAUGACAGGUGUGGCUACACCCCUGUGUGCAACUUGUACACUAAGUGUUCUUGCAAUAGGUGUUUUAUACCUCUUUUCUAAAGCUUUUUCUAUUGUCGCUCAAAAUUAUGACCGCUAAAAAAUUUAGGUAUUUCUUGUAACUAUGGUGAUAAAACUCCGUGUGAAUAAGACUAUCACGUGUUACCCAACAUGCAGCAUCGUGUUGCACAGUGGAAUCUGUCUAAAGCUUAUCUUAUUGGUGCAAAAAAAUGACCGUCCCAUACAGGUGUGCGCCUUACAGAGAUUUUAUUAAAUGUUUGAUCUGAAAUGAAGUAAUCUGUUCCAACUGUUGGUGACCGCUAUAUGUACCCGCUGUAGACAGAUUUCACGGCAUAUCUUUCUUGUUAGAUCAGUUUUUGUAUCGUUUUUGUACUUUCAAAAUGAUAGCUUUUUUAAAAUGGUAGCUUUGUUGACAGUAUUCUUGUACGUACAUACUUUCUUAUUUAUCGGUUCAGUUCUUAUGUUCUAAAUUUUUAGGACAAUGUAAAUAUAGUUUUAUGUCAACCGAGAAUUGUUGUUUCUUUUUUAAUUAUUUUUUAUACUUUUUUACUCGUGUAAAUAUUACUUUAUUAUUUUUAACAUGAUUGUAAUUACUUGAUUCUAAAUUUUUCACUUGGCUUUUAUUGUAGAUUUUGUACUUGUUGCAAGAAUUUCUAAACCUUAAAUGUUAAAAAUUUAAUUUCUAUUUAUCACAGGUUGUUCAAAAAAGUUUCUGUUCAUUCUUCAGUCAAUUACCUGUGAUAGAGUUUGGCUACUCCUUAAGUUGGAUUUCCACUUAAAAUGCAACGGAUUUUUUUGUUUUUUUCUAGAAGCCUCAAAUACUGAUUGUCUUUAAGUAUAUGUCUAAUUUUUAAUAAUUUUAAAAUGAUUCUUUGUACUGUUUUUAUGUUUUAUAGCAUGUAAUAAUUUUUGUCUGUACCUGUGAAUAGGUGAAUCGUUACAUACACAUAUAUGAAAUAUUGAAUGAUUUC